GCACACGAUGCUAUACGACUGGCGCGGCUAUCCUGUCAACACUUUACUCGCCGAUUGCGUCGCCAUGUCAUUACACAGUUAAAAAUCUAUUGGAUUUUAUCCUGUGCUUUUUUCAUCACACUAUCAUCCUCGAAUUGUGACACUCAUCGACAGGCACGAAACCCUCUCGUUUUUCCUUUACCCCGCUAUCUCAAUUUCGUCCGAACCCUUGACAGUCGCAAGCACUCGUUUGCUUGCAUAUUCUUACCCUUCGUGCUACAGUUUCUACUUAUCAUCUCGUUCGUUCAGAUGAACUCUUGGGUACUGCAGGAGUUAUAGUGUCGGCGCGCUGGAACCAGAUCUCCGAGGUGUACUAACAACCGACAACAACAUAACGUACCUUGACCUUGGCGAUUAGCACCGUUCAGAGUUAUUGAGAAUUGACUCGAAAUAUACGUAUCCGCAAAAAUACUCGCAAAGAUACGAUACUCGCGUCACCUUGUGUUACCUGUCGCCUAAAAGGAAUUAUUUAAUUGGCUUCAUACUCGUUAGCUCCACCCCAACCCUCGACAACGUGUCUGGAGAAACAGUCCCAAAACUGGCCGAAGGCCUUGAAAGGCUGGACCUGAGCUCGUUAUCUACGUCCACCUUCUCGUCCGACUCUGGUUCUUUCAACAUGUCGUCUUCCGAUGGAGCCCCGGAGUCAUGGAUCUCAUCGUUCUGCUCACUGAUGGGUCAUGAGUACUUCGCGGAGGUGUCAGAGGACUUUAUUGAGGACGACUUCAACUUGACGGGCCUACAAUCUCAGGUACCCAUGUACAAAGAAGCGUUGGAGAUGAUUCUGGAUGUUGAACCUGAGGAUGAUGAGGAGGAGGAGGAAGAGGAAGAGGAAGAAGAGGACGAUGAUGACGAUGUAUUGGGCGAUGAGAAAACGUUAGGUUACCGGCGAGCAGGUGAUCGAAGGCAUAUGCGGGUGGCUAGUGAUCUCAGCAUGAUAGAGAGCUCGGCGGAGCUGCUGUACGGUUUAAUUCAUCAGCGAUACAUCACAUCACGGCCUGGGAUUCAGCAAAUGCUUGAGAAAUAUGAAGUUCAUCAUUUUGGAGUUUGCCCCCGCGUCAAUUGCUACGGAUGCAAGGUUCUUCCCGUUGGUCGAACUGAUACUCCUGGCCAGGAGACUGUCAAACUCUUCUGUCCUAGCUGCUACGAUAUCUAUACGCCGCCAAACAGUCGAUUUCAAUCCGUAGACGGAGCAUUCUUUGGUACAACAUUUGGAUGUUUAUUUUUCAUGACCUUUCCCGAGCUAGAUGUUGGAGGAAAUCGUGCAGAGAGCAUACUGUCACCUGCUGCGCUAGCUGCCGAACAACCACCGACGAAUCAACCCGCUCAAAUAAAUGGCAUACUGACGUCCAAUUUCGCCCCCGGUUUAGGAUUCGGCAAGAUUUAUGAACCUCGCAUUUACGGAUUCCGAGUAUCGGAACGUGCCAAAUCCGGCCCACGAAUGCAGUGGUUACGCAUAAAACCCCGAGAUAUAAAUGAACUAGAUGAGUCAGCGAUAUACCAAGCUACGCACGGGGCUGACGAGGAGGGAGGAUAUGAGGAAGGUGAUACGGAAAUGGGAUCAACAGCGGCUACUGCGUCUCAACAAUCUGCAAUUGGCAUGAGGAGGAAAGCACCCAUGAGGAAGCGUAGACAUCUACCUUCUAGUACUGUGAAUCAAACUUCAACUAAGAACGGGGAAGGUGGUUAAAUAUGUGGCGUGGCGUGGCGUUUUAUAUGGAUGUCCUUUUUCUGUGUCUUGUAGUUCCUGUGGGGUCAGAUUAUGUUUUGUUACGUCUUUCUUUUCCAUCUUUUCUCUUCUACUCUUGCAUAAAUCAAAAUUCAUCAUAGCAUGGAUUAUUUUCAGUUC